UAACUCUAACAAAUUCAACAAGAUUCAUUGCAAAACAGUCUUUUCACACACUUAUCAAAGAUGUCAAGCCCUGGCAAUUUUUUCAACCAUCUAUUUCACCGGCAGAAAAAGACCGAGAAGCCGGCAACCCAAUUAAGGCACAAAGAGACCCAAAAGAAUCCCAUUACCGAUACUUUCCAGCCACUCCCUCACAGGCCUGCAGACCAGCUUAUUCAGUCAACACAGACCUCGCGGCCCCGAGACUUAUGGCAAGCUGCUUAUGACCAGCUUGAUAAAUCGCAGCGGCAUGUUUUGUCAAUAAACAAGAAGCUGAUCAAGCCAGGUACUGAGAAUAAUAUUCUGGGAAACUCAAUCGAUCAAGUUAUCCAAAUAACAAAGGAGGAGUAUGAAAAGUAUCACCAGACAGCAGAUGGAAACUUUCACAAGGCUUCACGGAAAAUUAUUAAUGCAGCACUUUCAUUUAAAGAUAUUAUAGGUGCAGUGGCUGCACUCGACCCGACGCAGCAUGCAGCUAGUGUCUGGAAUAUUGUCUCACUUGGUCUGACAAUGGCGAAAAGCUACUCCGCAUCUCGCGAAGCCUUGUUUGAAUCAUCGGAGUACCUGGCGGAAAUCCUUACCUACGGAGCUUUUAUUGAAAAGAACUUCUACGAGAAUAGAAACACCGUUACAAGCAGUUGUCCUGUUGAAGAGGCACUAAUCAAACUGUAUAAAGCUAUUUUAUGCUAUACAGCCCAGAUACAGAAAAUACAUGACGCGAGUAUUGGACAGAAGAUAUUCAACACAGUGACGAAUAAUCUUCAGAGAUCACUCACCAUACUUCAGGCUGUGGCCGAGGCUGAGAAGAUCAAGUUGAAUCAAUGGAUAUCAUUGGAUCACUACCUUCGCCAUGAACAGGAUGCAAGUAAUAUCCUACACAGGAUUAAUGGAUUAGCCGAUUCUACAAAUCAGCUUCUUGCACAAUCUUAUCUCGACAAAUUAAGUUUCGCGGAAGGAGCAUCUUUUGACUCUUUUAUAAAUCAGCAUGAGGAUUUUUGUCUUCCAGAUACCAGAACAGGUCUUCUUGAUGAGGUUUCGAUGUGGGCCCGAUCAAAAGGUUCAUUUAUCUUCUGGUUGAAUGGAAUGGCGGGGACUGGGAAAUCUACAAUUGCACGGACUGUUGCUCGCUUUUUUCAAGAACAAGGACUACUUGGUGCUACAUUCUUUUUCAAGCGAGGCGAAGCCGACCGUGGUAACUCCAAACGUUUCAUAUCAACUGUUACAAAACAACUAGUGAAUGAAUAUCCAGAACUGAAGAAGGAGGUCCUGCAUGCUGUGGAGAAUAAUCCAGAGAUCAUGACGAAAUCCCUGAAUAUUCAGUUUGAAAAGCUUUUUUAUCAACCACUUACAAAACUGCAACCUCACCCAACUCCAACAAUCAUAAUCGUUGUUGAUGCCUUGGACGAAUGUGAUGGAGAGAGUGAUUCGCAACUUAUACUUCACCUCUUGUUUAAGAUGCAGGAUAUCAAAUCUGUACAUCUUCGAGUGUUUCUGACCAGUCGACCUGAAUUUCCAAUUCGUCAUGGCUUCAACAAUCACCAGGAUUAUCGUGAUCUGAUUCUUCAUGAGCUGCCUAAGCCUAUGAUCGAACAUGAUAUUCGCGUGUUUCUGGAAUAUAAACUCUCGAAGAUACAGCAUGAUUGCUCUCUUCCGCCGAAUUGGCCGGGAAAUGAUAAGAGAGAAGAGCUAGCGCAAAUGGCUGUCCCGUUAUUUAUCUUUGCGGCCACAGCGUGUCGGUUUAUACAAGAAGGGAAACAUCCGGAUCGGCGGCUCAAAAAGUUCCUCGAAUUUAAAGGCACAGGCAAAGGCCAGAUGGACACGAUCUAUUUGCCCAUCCUAUAUAAUUUUCUGGGCAAUGACAAGGAGGAGUUACAGGACCUUCUCAGAGACUUUCACACUAUCGUCGGUGCUAUCAUUCUUCUUUCUGACCCACUCUCGAUUCAGUCUCUAGCCUCUCUUCUGGAACUGGAAACACAAUAUAUCAGCGAAGUAUUGCAGUCUUUACAUUCGGUCCUCCAUAUACCAAGCGAUCAUGAGGCACCAGUUCGCAUUUUACACCUUUCAUUCCGAGAUUACCUCCUGGCUACACGGAGCCGAUUUCAUAUCAAUACGCAAAAGACACAUGAGAACAUAGCAUUGCAUUGUCUCAGAGUAAUGAAUGUUCGGCUUGAAGACAAUAUUUGCAAACUACCAAGUUAUGGAACACAGUAUAAGGAUGUUGAGCCUCAGAUUAUCGACAAGUAUAUUACAGCUGAUCUGAAAUACGCCUGUCGCUACUGGGUUCAUCAUCUUGAACAGAGCAAAGGUCAGAUCAUAGACUAUAAUAUUCUCUCUUUUCUUCAGAAGCACUUUCUUCACUGGUUGGAGGUACUAGCUCUGAUUGGAGAGAUAUCAGAAGCAAUUGUAUCAAUAGAUAUAUUAAAGUUGCGAAUAUGUACACAGGUUGGCCCUGAGUUAUCAGAUUUUUUAUAUGACGCAGGGAGAUUUACUCGUCAAAAUAGUUAUAUGGCAGGAAUAGCUCCACUACAGCUCUACCGCGCUGGUCUUAUAUUUGCACCGACGAACAGCAUCAUAAAGCAAAUAUUCUACAGCAAAGUCAAAGAUCAACUGGCAGUUAAAAUAGCAGUGGAAAGCUCCUGGAGCCCAAGUCUGCAGACAUUGGAAGGCCAUUCCAGUUUUGUUCACUCGGUGGCCUUCGCGCCGGACGGCCGCACACUGGCGUCGGGCUCGGACGAUAAUACUGUUAAGCUCUGGGACACAGCUACAGGCAUCGAGCGUCGCACGCUGACCGGCCAUUCUAAUUCGGUGUUCUCAGUAGUCGUCUCACCGGAUGGCCGUACACUGGCAUCAGGUUCGGGGGAUGAUACUAUCAAGCUUUGGAACACAGCUACAGGUAUUGAGCAGCAUACACUUACCGGCCAUUCCAGUUCAGUUUCUUCUGUAGCCUUCUCACCGGAUGGCCGGACGCUGGCGUCAGGCUCACAUGAUAAUACGGUUAAGCUCUGGAACACAGUUGCAGGUGUUGAGCAGCGCACAUUAACCGGCCAUUCUAAUCUAGUUUUCUCGGUAGUCUUCUCACCUAACGGUCGCAUACUGGCGUCGGGCUCGUGGGACAAUACUAUCAAGCUCUGGAAUAUAGCCACGGGUGUUGAGCAGCAUACACUGACCGGCUAUUCUGAAUUAAUAUUUUCAGUAGCCUUCUCGCCGGAUGGCCGGACGCUGGCGUCAGGCUCGGACGAUAACACCGUCAAGCUUUGGGAUACGGAUACAGGUAUUGAGAAGUGCACGCUGACCGGCCAUUCUAAUUUAAUCAGAUCAGUAGCCUUCUCACCGAACAGCCGCAUGGUGGCAUCGGGCUCGGAAGAUAAUACCGUCAAGCUAUGGGAUACAGAUACGGGCGUUGAGCAAGGCACGCUGACCGGCCAUUCUGAUUUCAUCAGAUCGGUAGCCUUCUCGCCGGACGGCUGUAUGCUGGUAUCAGGCUCAAACGACAGUACUGUCAAGCUCUGGGAUAUCACUGCAGGUGCUGAGCAACGCACACUGAUCGGUCAUUCUGAUUGGGUCAGAUCAAUGGCCUUCUCACAAGACGGCUGUAUACUAGCGUCGGGCUCGGAUGAUAAUACUGUCAAGCUCUGGGACACGGCCACGGGUGCUGAGCAGCGCACGUUGACCGGCCACUCUAGUCUAGUCUUCUCAGUGGCCUUCUCGCUGGAUGGCCGUACACUGGCGUCUGGCUCGGGGGACAAUACUAUCAAGCUCUGGAAUACAGCCACAGGCGUUAAGCAGCACACACUGACCGGCCAUUCUAAUUUUAUCAGAUCAGUAGCCUUCUCACCAGACAGCCGAACACUGGCGUCAGGCUCAGACGAUAAUACUAUCAAGAUCUGGAAUACAGCUACAGGUAUCGAGCAGCGCACACUGACCGGCCAUUCUAGUUCAGUCUUCUCGGUGGUCUUCUCACCGGAUGGCUAUAUACUAGCGUCAAGCUCAGGGGACAAUACUAUCAAGCUCUGGAAUACAGCCACGGGUAUUGAGCAGCGUAUACUGACCGGUCAUUCUAAUUUAAUUAGAUCAGUAGUCUUCUCGCCGGACAGCCGGAUGCUGGCAUCGGGCUCGGACGAUAAUACUGUUAAGCUCUGGAAUACAACUGCAGGCGUCGAGCAGCGCACGCUGACCGGCCAUUCUAAAUUAGUCACCUCAGUGGCCUUCUCGCCGGACGGCCGGACACUGGUGUCGGGCUCGUGGGACGACACUAUUAAACUCUGGGACACGGCCACGGGCGUAGAACAGCGCACACUGACCGGCCAUUCCAGCUCUGUCAAUUCAAUGUUGAACCAAUCCAGUACCAGUUAUUCUAUAUCUGUCACCGACUCUUGGGUUUUUUUACGAGGUGACAGGGCCUUAUGGCUUCCUGCUGAAUAUCGUCCUUUUCGAUGUUUUGCGGUUAAGGAUACUGUACUUUCUCUUGGGUUAGCAAAUGGGCGUGUCACGAUCAUAGGGUUUGACAUACUAUGAAAAACUAUUUUCCUACUUUCUUACAGUCUUUAACUUUCAAUCACUGUAUGAAAGAAGGGCCUGGGGUGUGCAACGUCUGUAUCAUUAUCCUGUCUACAACGGACCGGCUUGUGUUCUCUAGAUUAUGUGGUAACCACGACCAUAUUUCCGUG